UGACAAUUGGCUAUUUUAUGUUCUAUUUCGGUGAGAGUCAAAUCAAAAGUACAUACUUAUUACUUAUUAAAAUAUUUUUUACACAUUAGAUUUUAUUUCGUAAUAAAAAAAAUAUAAUGAGUGCAAAAAAUAGCUUAUCUACAUUAUUAGGGAAUUAUAUGUCGGACAGCGAUAAUGAAAAUGACGAUGUGCAAAAUUCAAACUCAUUUUCUAAAGAAAUUGGCAAUUUAAUUAAUGAAAUAGGAGGAGAAACUUGUGAUAAAAGAGAAUCACUUCCUAAAACUGAUUGGACGCAAUGUAUGGAUGCUAACACUGGUCAUCCAUAUUACUGGAACAUUAGCACAAAAGAGGUUACAUGGGAAAAACCUGCACAAUAUGAAGAAUUUUUAAAUGAAAUUAAAAGAGUUCUUAAGAAAAUUCCGGAUGAUUCUUGGGCUAUUGGUUAUGCUGAAGGUUCAGAAACUCCAUAUUACCUCAAUAUAUUUACAAGAGAAAUAUCGUGGCAAAAACCUGCAAAUUUCAAAGAAAAGAAAAGGUCAAAAAAAAUUAAGAAGAAAAAGCAAAAAUAUGAAGAAAAGGAAACUAAAAACAUUAAAAAGAAAUACCCAAAACACUUAGAAGGUGGAAGUGAUGAAGACAUAAAAAUCGAGUUGAUAAAUAGUUUUACCAAUAAAUCAGCAACAAACUCUGAAGACGAAGACAAAACUAAAUCACAAAAUAAAAAGGCAAUAAAUUUAGAUAUUGAACAACAAACAUCAUCAAAAAUAAAUUUAGUAAGUUAUACCUCAGAUGAUGAAGAGGAGGGGGGCUUAGAAAAUAAUGUUAAUCAAAAAGAAGAGGAUAAUGAAUCAAAAUUAGCUUUAGAUGUAAAUGACUCGACGCAAAUGUCUCAAAAAUCGAUCUCAAAAGGUGAAAAAACACAAAUCACAUCGUUCGCAAGCAUCAUUACUGGGGGUAAAGUUGAUGUAGAAAUUGAUGAUGAAAUUAGUAAAUUAAAAGAAGAAUUAGAAAAAGAGUUUGUUAAAGAAACAAAAGAGGAUGAAAUAAAAACAGAAUGUAGUUCAAUUAGUUCAAACAAAAAUAAUACAAAUGUAAGUUUUGAUGAAAAAAAUUUCAAAAGAAAAAGAAGGAUAGAAUUUGGUACGAAUGCAAAACAUGCACAAAAUAUUGAGGAAAUUGAAAAUGAAGAUUCCAGACCAUCAUUCGUAUUAACUAAUUCAGAUGAUUCCAAAGAACUUAUUUCCAAAGAAAGCUCAAACUCAGAAAAACUACUAGCAAAGAAAAAAUUAUAUAGUAAUUUUAAGAAAAGUCAUGUUGAAUUUGUGAAGUCAAAUGAAACUAAGGAUGAUGAUAAUGAGUCAAAUCAAGAACUUUUAGAUGAAAAAAUAAAAUUUGAAAAGGAAAUCCAUGAUUUGAGUGAAUUAAUAUCGGAUAAAGUAAAAUUUUUAUCAGUUGGUCAUGCUGAAGUAUCCGCAGUUCAAGCUAUUCGUGUGCAAUUAGAAACUUUAUUGGCAGCUUUCAAAUCCUCUUCUCUAUCAUUUGAGUAUUUUUUUAAAUGGCUAAAAAGUACUUCUGACGAUUUAAUUAAAUUAGAACAAAAUGCUGCACCCGAGGGAUGGAAAUGUAAAUGGGACAGAACAACAGCCCAAUACUGUUAUGAAAAUUUAACUACAAAUGAAAUUCGUUGGGAAUUUCCAUCUACAAGUGAUACAAUAACUGAAACAAAUAAUUCUAGUGCCAAAGAUAAAAAUGAUGAAGAAGUUGAAAAUCUAUUGACAUCAAAUAAAAUGGAAGAUCGUAAAAUCAUAAGCAAUGAUGAUGUUAAAGGUGAAGUAGAGAUGGAUAUAAGUACAACACCACCACCUAACGAAAAUGAAAAAAUAAUUGUACAACAUACUUGGGAUGCUGAUAAUGCACCACCACCACCAAGAAUAACUACCCCAUCACCGCCUUCAAUAUCAACUUCAGUUAUAAUAAAUGAUGAACUGUCAGCAUUUUAUUCAGAUAUCGCUAAAAUAAGUGCCGAAUCAUCAGAAACUAAUAGUAUGCAAUCAACAACAAAUACCCAAAGCAAUAGUAAUGUAAUUGAAACAAAUAACAAUUCAUUAAAAAGGACACCACCUAGAGAAAUUAAUGAUCAGCAACAAAUUGAAAAAAAGAAACGUAAAAAAGUUAAAGUUUCCGGUUUAAGUAUGGGUGAUAAAGGUGUUUCAGAAAUGGUUGCAAAAUGGCAAAAAGCACAACAACAAAAGGGAUAUAAUUUUUGGUGAAAUCAAAAACUACAUAUUUAAAAAAAUUUAGAAAAGAAAAAAACAAACUUUUGUAAAAUGUAAACUUAUUAUUAAGUUUCUAUAUAUUAUAAUUACGGUAGGAAUAUUGGUUAAAAAUAAAAAACACAUAAGUUAAUUAUA